UCAAUAGUAUCGAUAUUACCAUCGAUUGGUUGUCACCUCUACUUUGCCAGCCUCUUGAAGUUCUUAAGUUAUCCCUUUUAAAAGAUAUAAAAAGUGAAAUAAAUAAGUAAAAAAAACAUGUUUAUCGUUGCCAUAACUGGAGGUAUUGCUAGUGGGAAGAGUACAGUUAGCAAAGUUUUUCAAGACAAUGGUAUUCCCGUCAUUGAUGCAGAUAAAAUCGCUAGACAAAUUGUGGAGCCCGGCACACCCUGCUGGCACAAGAUUAAAGAAGCUUUCGGCGAUGAAGUGUUUUUGCCAACACGUGAAAUUAAUCGAGUGGCACUGGGAAAGGCCAUAUUCAAUGACAAGGAGCUGAGAGGGAAACUUAAUAAAAUAACUCAUCCUGUGAUACAUCGAACCAUAUUUAAGGAAGUUUUUAAGAAUUUUAUGACUGGCAAGGCAUGGAUUGUAUUGGAUUUACCCUUGCUGUUUGAAACCGGCAUCUUAAUGGAUUUCAUACAUAAGAUCAUUUGUGUUACAUGCGAUCCCGAUAAACAAUUAAAACGUCUAAUCGAACGCAAUGAACUUUCCGAAGAGGAUGCCAAAAAACGCAUCGAAUCCCAAAUGCCCUUGGAGAAGAAAUGUGAGAAAUCCCAUUUCGUAAUAGACAAUAACGGCUCCAUUGAAGAGACGCAGGCAGCGGCCCAACGCAUUUGCAAUAUGAUGAAGGAAAGUAAACAACAUUGGCGCAAUCGUUUGAGUCUUUUGGGUUUUGUUCUGGCCAUUGUCUUUGUGCUGUACUAUAUCAACAAGAUUUUUAGCAUUUUUCCAAGUCUAGGUAGCAUUAAAAACUAAAUAAAUUGUUAUUCCAUUUUGAAGCCAAAUAGAAUUUUUAGUCGCAUUUAACAAAAAGUUGUAAAAAAGACAAUUUGCUUUUAGGCUAUAAAUUAAAUGUUUUAUUAUUUAUGCAGUCCAUUCACAAUCCCAUAAUAAUAAAUUAUACAUGAUUCUA